UUGAAGAUGUUUUUAUAAAAUCCAUAUUUGUAUAUGUUGAACAAAACAAUUUUUUACAGUGCGGAUAAACCUACGAAUGUCAGUAAAAAUGUGUACAAACUUUUAACAGAACAUAGAAUUAGUACAUUUUCAGUAUUAUAACAACAUUUUAUUCAGAUGACAAUAUGUUUUUUAGAACUUGUGUGUACGAAAGUUUUGUAUAUAAUAUGUUUAUAAGUCUUCAAAGAAAAGAUGUAUGAUAAUGGUAAUCUUAGACAAUUUCACAACCACUUCAGAAUAUUCCUUAGUCAUUAUAUUUUUUUCGAUUAUCUCCCUUUCAUCAGCUGAUUACGAUUUGGUAAAUGGUGAAACAGGAAAAUAUCGUUGGUUUGACACAGCAGCACAGAUCUAUAGAGUAUGUUGUUAUUGUCCUAUUGAAGCAAUGAGUUCUGGAAACAAAAAUGAUGUUUUUCAAAGAUACCAUAAUAAAGAUGGUGAUUUUUGUAAUCCAACAGAAGAUGAAAUGAACAAGACCGGAAAGUACCCUUUCUGUAUAUGUGAACACAAGAUGGGACUGAAACCUGAGUUUGUAGGAUGUGUCCUGCCAAAUAAUAGUCAUUUUAGUCAGGUAGAAUGGACCUGUGACAAUGUAUUCAGAUCCCUCAAUGUUAGUGUCUAUACAAAAUGUAACCCUAGAUGUACCAAAGACAGUAUGGUUCUAGUUAAUCCUGGUGCUCAGUCAUAUAGGUGUGGAGAGAACAAAACAUGGGACAACCAACCAAAAUCUGUUUACUGUCAAGACAAAAUUGAAGAAUGUGUCCUGCCAAAUAAAAGUCAUGUAAGUCAUGUAGAAUGGACCUGUGACAAUGUAUUCACAUCCCUCAAUGUUAGUGUUACUAGUAAUACAACAUGUAAGCCUAGGUGUACUAAAGAUAGUAUGGUUCUAGUUAAUCCUGGAGCUCUGUCAUACAGGUGUGGAGAGAACAAAACAUGGAACAUCCAACCAGAAUUUGUUAACUGUCAAGACAAAACUGAAGAUGUUAUAGAGCAUUGGAUAUAUAUGGUGAUCAUUGUGAUUGUUGCGUCUUCAUUUGUUAUUGCCAUUAUUUUAUUAAUUACUUGCAGGCAGAGGUUACAGCAUUUUUGUUUACAGCUGAAAAACAAAUUCUGCAGUUCAAGUGAAAACAGUUCAUCAAUUAGAAUGGAAAUGCUUCCAAUAUCUAUAGAUUCUAAUGUCAAUGUACAGACUAGUGAUGAUAUGAUAUGUGAAACACACUUAUCUAAUACUAUCAGUGAUUCAUGUUCAAUCAGAAUAAACACAAUUAAUUAUGAAAACCAGGGAGGUGUAAGUGUUACAAAUAUCGAUGGAGAUGAGGAAAGAAAAUCCAUUCCUGAUUCUUUGAUAGAUGAUCAAAUGAAUCAUUGGAUGGCUAGAUUGGAGGAGGAUGUUGUCAAAGAGGCACAGUUGUCACUGACUAGUACACAGUUGCCACUGACGAGUUAUUAUCAUGAUACAAAGCCAACACUGCCAUUACUUGUAAAAGUGAGUGGAAUAAGAGAGAGAUACAGAGGUGGGGAAAUUUAUUACAGUGUCAUUAGAGGUAGUGAGAUUGUUAUAGUAUCUCAAAUAGUAGAAACAGAUUCAGACUUCAUUAUAGAUAGAGAAUAUGAUGAACAUACACUUAAUUAUUAUAAGAUAAGAUCAGCCAGCAAAACAAAUGAAGGUGUAUAUAAAUGGCAAUUGAAAGGAAAUAGUAAACAAGAAAGACAAACAGGCAGCUUUUACAUAACAAUUUGUGAUAAGAUAAGACCAGAGCCAGCAGGUAGCAGCACUGUAUCUUUGCCGUUCAUCAGUUUAGAUAUUGAUUCGAUGGAAACAUUUGAAGAAAAAGUAAUGAAUGAUGGUGGUCCAGGUAGCCCAUCUCUACCAUGUCUUCCUGAGAUUAAUAGUCCGUUUUCCUCGAUUAGAUUUAAUAGAGCUGCAAGUUCCGAAAGAUAUAAUGUUAUUUCUGAGAAUAGCUUUAAUGGUGCAAUAAGUUCAGAGGGACAAGACGAUAUAACUGAGAUUGAAAUAGAAUCUGUAAUGAAGAAAUGUAACAGAUGUAAUAAACAUUUAAUAAGUGCUUUAGAUGAUUUUAAUUCAUCGAAAUAUUUGAAUAACAUGUGUCAUAUGCUGGACCCUAAUACAAAAAAAGAUUCACAAUGCUGGAUUGGAUUUGUGAAAUUUUAUGGAAUAAUAGAGGGAUACAGAAUAGAGAAUAUAAAGUAUCACACGAAAGGAAAUCCAGAAGAUGGUCACAUGCAGUAUAUUCUCCACCAAUAUCUACCUCCACACGACUUCAGAAUAGGACAUUUGGUAUAUUAUUUCUCACAGAAAGAUUCACGAAGAGAAGAUGUCCUAUUAGAGAUUAAGAAGUUUCACAAGAACUGUACUUUCUGUAAUAUCUAUAUAGAUUAGACUUAAGGUUAAUCUGAUUGAAAUAUAAUUAUUUUGUCCUCAUUUCACUUACAAGAAUCUGAUAAUGCUUCGUUGUAUUUUUAGUUUUGAAGAUCUUUUCUUAGAUCAUCAGGUUUUGUUCUAAUGAUUGAACUUUCAAAAAUUUGAAGGCAAAGUUUCAUUGGGUGACAGUGAUCAAUAAAGAAAUUAAAGAAAGUAGAACGAAGCAUUUGCUAUCCAAAUCAUGGAUGAUGGUGAUGAUGAACGAUUUGUGUUUAACCUCCAGUGGCACAUAAUACAUGCAUAUCAGGAAAAGCAGCUGAAUUUUUAAGAUGCUGGUUCACAAAGUUACUGUCUUUGUUAUGAUUCCUAGAUGAUGUGGUGUGAAGCAUGGACACAGGAUCUGUAUUUCAAACAGACUGAUUGGAAGUUGGUCAAUAUCAUAAUCAAUUUUUUUU